CCCGCCACCAGCAUAGAGACACAUUCGGCCGAUGCAACCAAUUCCAAUUAUUGAUGACCUACGCACAUGGACGACACUCGCAACGUAGCCAACCUAUCGGACCCGUGAACCCAACAGAGGACGAUCAACCCAGUUGAAGGAAUUGCUGACGCUGCAGAAGUGAUUAUAUAAAACUAGUUGUGCAAGAGAAAAUCAGUCAGUCUGAAGUGUGGAUUUAAGUUGAAUGUAAUUAAUUUUAUUUGGUUAGAAAUAAAUUAUUUUUUUAUCGUAAUUCGAGCGAUUAGCUCUUUACUGGCGCAGUCUUGUAGUGAAAAGUGGUGAAACGAAGGACUAAGUGUUUGAGUGUACAUCAAUACAGAAGAAAUUCGGAGAAGUGAUUCUAAGUCUACUAGUGACUGGCUGUUACCCGGGAAACCAUCCCUGCACGUAUACCAGCGGAUUUGCGGUACCAGAAAGAUUCAUCAUCUUCACACCACCGGACCAACCAACGAACAAUCCCACAUCAUAGGCUCCAGGAUAAGAUGAGGACCAUCAUCCUGUUAAUACUUGUACCGCUGACAGCAGCCACCAUGUAUCACGAUGUCUCAACACAAAAUGGACUACUAAUCAUCAAAACAGACAAAGUUCGCAUCAGGACAGGGUUUGAACGAGUAUUGCAUAAAGUCAAUCUUGAAGAUCUAAAACAGAACAUCAAUUUUAUAGAGCAUAUUUCCACUAACUUAAACAUGUCAGACCACAUAAGCCAAACGUUAAACUUCAAAUUAAAUAAAGCCAACGAGAAAUUACUAGCACUAUAUCCAAGACGCACUAAGAGAGGACUCAUAAACGCACUAGGGACCGCAAUUAAAUUCAUCUCUGAAAUCCCGAUCAAACAGAUUUAGAUAUGAUAAAUCAAAAUUUGGAAACCCUAGAAGUAAACAGCAAUAAAAUUAUAAAUAACCAAGCUAGACAAAUCCGAAUCAAUAAUUUGUUACAGGAUACAAUCAAUAAAGUUGCAAAAUCUUUAAGAUCAAUCAAACAGGAAGUAAACUCAAAGCACUUAGAUUUCAAAAAUGAUUUAGAACUCAUUAAUCUGAUAUUUAAUAUUGACAUCAUCAUAAGAACACUUGAAGAUAUAGAAGAACAAAUAGCCUUUUCUAAAAAUAAUUUUCUAAAUAAAAACAUUCUUAGUCCAACCGAAAAAGAAUAUAUUUGGAAAUCCCUUACGGAACAACAAGUCAACAUUAAAUUUGAGGACGAAAUUUACAAAUUCAUAGAAGCGAUUGUUUCACUGCAAAAUAACCACAUUAUAAUAAUUGUAAAGAUCCCUACAAUUGAACAGCAGGAAUAUACUCUGAUGCAGAUCGAACCAGUCAACGCAAAUGGAAACCGGAUAGACACAGCUAUUCGUUACAUAGCUGCCCAUCAACAGACGUUCUACGAGCAGAAGGAGAGAUGCUACAUUUGCGUCAACGACAAUCCAGUGAACGACGAAUGCGUAUUCAAUAUAUUGGUAAACCAGAAAGCCAGGUGUCGAAUGCACAAACAAUCAGAUCAACCGAUCGUGAAGGAGUUAAACGCCGGGACCAUCCUAAUCAACACAGAUACAGCGGUCCACAUUCUAGAUUCAUGUGGAGACUCUCGCAUAGUGUCAUCACCCACAAUAGUUGAAGCAGGUAAUUGCACAAUCACAGUGCAAAACACCACAUUUAAGGGCAACCCAAAAGCCAUAAAACAGCAAGAAUAUUUCACACCCAUUUUUGGGAAGGAAAUAGAGGUAUCUAAAAGGAAUACAAAUAUUGAAGAGGUGCACCAGAUGAACCUACAAAACCUGGAAGAAAUAAGGAAACUCAAACUGCAUAUUGCCGGUUCCCACAUGCUAGGAGCAAUAGCUCUCGCUUCCUUAAUCUUGUUACCGUUAAUCAUUUUCUGUAUUCGUAGAUACAAAAUUCAACACAGAAAUCAGUUUCACCAAACUGAUAAGAAGGAUAUCGUUUCGUUAAGUAUUUCCAGCAACCCAGCUAGCGACGAUUCAAAAGAAGACCAGAGAGAGAAACCGUUUCGUUUCAUGGAAACACUUGUUCCAAGGCUCGAAACUGUAUUUUAG